AUGGUAAUUUUAAAGUUUUAUCAGAAGCAAAGCCUAGAUUCUAAUUUAUUAAAAAAAAAAUUGGAAAAUGUUAAAGAAAAAGGGGUUCAAAUUAAUGGUGUAGAAUUAUGUUACUAUAUUGAGUGCGAUAGUUCAUUAAAUAAAAUAAAAAUUAAUAUAAUAAAAUGGAUUUUAUCUAAACCAUUUGAGCCCGACCAACUGUUAGAUUCAAGUGCAUUUGAGGAUAAUGAAAAUGUAAUUGAAAUUGGACCAAAAUUGAAUUUUUCAACAGCAUUUUCAAGUAAUGCGGUAUCAAUUUUUCAGUCAAUACGUAUGAAGAGUAUAGUAAGAAUUGAAAGAUCUACAAGGUACUUAAUUGGCUCGGAUCCUUCAAAUAAGUUUUGUAAAGAAAUGAUAGCUGAUUUACUUCUGGAUAAAAUGACAGAAUGUCGAUAUACGAAUCCAAUUGAGACAUUCGAUCAUGGAUACAGGCCGGAAAAAUGGUAUGAAAUUGAUAUAAAUAAACUUGGGAAAAAAGCAUUAGAAGAUGCAAAUUUAAAAUUAGGCUUAUCAUUUGACAAUUGGGAUUUAGACUUUUAUACAUAUAUAUUUUCUAAUAAACUCAAACGCAAUCCAACGAGUGUAGAAUGCUUUGAUUUGGCUCAAUCGAAUAGUGAACACAGUCGACAUUGGUUUUUUAAGGGUCGUAUCAUCAUCGAUGGAAAAGAGGAAAAGAAAACACUUAUGGAUAUAAUAAUUGAUACUCAAAAUACAUCAAAUCAGAAUAACGUUAUUAAAUUUAGCGAUAAUAGCAGUGCUAUCGAAGGUUUUGAGGUGAAAGUAUUACGCCCUUCGUCGACCGAUCGGCCUAGUGCCUUCUAUACACUCGAUAGUACUCAGCAUCUCAUUUUUACCGCUGAAACACACAAUUUCCCAACUGGUAUAGCACCAUUCAGUGGAGCAACCACUGGUGCCGGAGGUCGUUUAAGAGACAUUCAAAGCGUGGGCCGAGGAGGUUAUUACAUCGCUGGCACAGCUGGUUACUCUGUAGGGAAUUUGUUUAUUCCAGGAUAUACCUUAGAUUGGGAAGGCUCGCAAGAUGAAGUAUUGGAAAAUAACUACGGCAAUAUGGCAAAGCCACUCGAUAUUUUAAUCGAAGCAAGUAAUGGGGCAUCCGAUUAUGGCAACAAAUUUGGGGAACCUCUUAUAUUAGGAUUCGUUCGUUCAUUUGGAAUGAAACAAAUUUGCAAUAUUAAUAAUGCAAACAAAAUGGAAUUACGGGAGUGGAUUAAACCAAUUAUGUUCAGUGGUGGUAUAGGCUCGAUGGAAGCAAAUAUGACAAAAAAGUUACCUCCAGAACCAGGAAUGCGAGUUGUUAAAAUUGGUGGACCUGCUUAUAGAAUUGGCGUUGGUGGAGGCGCAGCAAGUUCCGUUAUGAUCCAAGGAGACAACGAAUCUGAAAUGGACUUUGCAGCUGUACAGCGAGGCGAUCCUGAAAUGGAGCAGAAAUUGAAUCGAAUGAUUCGAGCUUGCAUGGAGAUGGGCGACAAAAAUCUCAUUGUCAGUAUUCAUGACCAAGGAGCUGGUGGGAAUGGUAACGUGCUGAAAGAAUUAGUGGACCCAGCGGGAGCAGUUAUAUUUUCUAAUAGUUUCGAACUUGGUGAUCCCAGUAUUAGCUCGUUAGAGUUAUGGGGCGCUGAAUAUCAAGAGAACAAUGCAAUUUUAUGUAAAGAGGAAGAUAUUAUUAAACUUAAAAGAAUUGGAAUCCGUGAGAAAUGUCCGGUUAACUGCGUUGGCACGGUUACGGGCACUGGAAAGAUCAUUUUCUCGGAAGAAGAAUGCUACGACAUUAAUAAUUAUAUGAAUAAGGAUUAUGUCUCGGAACGGCGUCAUCCAGUAGAUUUAGAAUUAGAAUUGGUUCUCGGAAAAAUGCCUCGAAAAACGUUUCAUUUGGAAAGGCAUGAUAUAGUCUUGCAUCCACUUGCUACACCCAACAUAACUAUUUUGCAAGCAUUAAAUUUAGUUUUGCGAUUGCCGUCAGUUGCCAGCAAGCGAUAUUUAACGAGCAAAGUGGAUCGUUGCGUCACUGGUCUCGUAGCGCAACAGCAAUGCGUUGGUCCACUCCAUACACCACUUGCCGACGUGGCCGUCGUCGGAAUAUCUCAUUUCAAUACCGUUGGUAUCGCCACUUCGAUUGGAGAACAGCCGAUAAAAGGACUUUUAAGUCCAGCUGCGGGUGCGAGAAUGACUGUGGCCGAAGCUUUGUCAAAUCUUGUUUUCGCUCGUAUCUCGAACCUCGAGGAUGUAAAAUGUAGCGGUAAUUGGAUGUGGCCAGCUAAAAUGCCAGGCGAAGGAGCAGCUCUUUAUGACGCUUGUACGGCAAUGUGCAGUAUAAUGAAGGAAUUUGGUAUAGCCGUGGACGGUGGUAAGGAUUCACUUAGUAUGGUUGCACGCAAUGGCCGUGGCGAAGCUGUCAAAGCACCCGGAACUUUGGUGGUAUCUUGUUACGCACCGUGUCCUGAUAUAAGACAGGUCGUUACCCCGGAUUUGAAAGGACCAUUUUUAAAAGAAGAAAGCACUUUGAUUUUUGUCGAUCUUUCUGCUGGAAAGAGUCGUCUAGGUGGCACAGCAUUCAACCAAGUUCAUAAGCAAUUAGGCGAUACAAUUAUCGACGUCGAAGAUUCUUCGAUGAUAAAAAAUGCCUUUAAAGCUACGCAAAAUUUAAUUAAAAAUGGGAAAAUAUUGGCGGGUCACGAUGUCAGCGACGGUGGACUUAUAACUUGUAUAUUGGAAAUGAGUUUUGCCGGAAUCUCUGGAAUUAUUGUAAAUAUAAAUCACAAAUCGGGUUCUCCGAUUGAAAUCCUUUUUGCCGAAGAAAUUGGCUGGGUUUUAGAAGUACGUAAAAAUGACGUUGAAGAUGUACUUUCGGUAUUUCAUGAUUAUGGUGCGCCUAUUGCUCACAUAAUAGGAAACCCCACUGAAUUUGGAACAGAAUCGAAGAUAAAUGUAUUGGUUAACGACGCGUGUGUAUUAGAAAAUGUCACUGUAGGAUCACUAAUGACAUUAUGGGAAGAAACAAGUUUUAGAUUAGAUCUUUGUCAAACUAACAUGAAAUGCGCAAAAGAGGAAUAUGAAAAUUUACAAAAUAGAACAAGCCCGACGUAUAAACUUACUUUUAAUCCUGACGUGCCUCAUCUAUUAAUAUCAAACUUAAGCAUACCAGUAGCCAUAUUACGCGAAGAAGGAACAAACGGAGACCGAGAAAUGGCAGCUUCCUUGUACGAAGCUGGAUUCGAGGUUUGGGACAUUACUAUGCAAGAUCUUUUGAGCUAUCAAAUAACGUUAAAUAAAUUCCAAGGAAUUAUAUUUCCUGGUGGCUUCAGCUAUGCCGAUGUUUUUGGUUCGGCUAAAGGUUGGGCUGCGAGUCUUCUGUUUAAUCCUUUGCUGCAAAAGCAAUUGCAAAAAUUCAUUGUUCGCCCCAAUACCUUUAGUUUCGGAGUUUGCAAUGGCUGUCAGCUGAUGAGUUUAUUAGGAUGGAUUGGCAAUUCUAUCGAUGGAAAACCAAAUAUUAUUUUGGCUGAGAACGAUUCAGAGCGUUUCGAAUGUCGAUGGAGCACCGUCGUAAUUGAAAAAUCACCUGCGAUUAUGCUUCAAGGUAUGGAGGGAAAUGUGUUUGGUGUUUGGGUCGCGCACAAAGAAGGGAAGUUUACUUUCCGUAACGACAAAGUCCUUGCUAAAUUAAAAGAGCAAAAUUGCAUUCCCAUUAAGUAUGUUGAUGAUAAAGGCGCCCCAACUACGUCAUAUCCAUUAAAUCCAAACGGCAGUAUCGACGGAAUCGCUGCUAUAUGUUCUUCAGAUGGCCGACACUUGGCUAUGAUGCCACAUCCAGAAAGAUGUACGCAAACUUGGCAAAUGCCAUGGGUACCUGCGAAUUGGAAGUACAAAUCUUCACCGUGGAUAAAACUUUUUCAAAACGCCUAUGUUUGGUGCUCGUCCCGUCAAUAAUUACGUGAAAUUCUGUUUUAAUUAUGAAAUUUUUUAAAGAUAUCUGUCGACAAAGA